GGCCGACACGAGAAAAAUCCCUUGGAACACCAAUCGUAUUUUUGAACAGAUGCAGAUUUACGCAGUAGCAAAACCGUGGUACAUACACACAAUAUUAUCUCCCAGAGAAAAAACAACCACGUCACACACGUGCGUACACUCGGACUGCCAUCGUUUCGUUAACAUGUGCCUGUGCAGUGUUCGACGUCCGUUGCACGAGUGAAAUUCAACGUUUAAUGCUGCAGUAAUAUUGUUAUACGAGAACUGUUUUAAAAUGUCAGUCAAAAAAGUGCUCCGCAUUUUUAAUCCUCAUGCAGUCCACAUGGUCAUUCUACUAACAUUGUGUUAUUUCUUAGUGCAACUAGUUUUCAGUCAUGUAUCGCAUUCACUCACCUUACUCGUAGACUCAUACCACGUGCUUUGCAAGCUAAUAUACUUUUUUGGAUCUGUAGUGUGUAUUAAGCACAACGAUUAUGAAGAGGUGUGUUCGAACGAAGGUUGUGUGGAAAAAAUCCUCAACGUGGAGGACGAUUCUCCUGCGUCCAACUUGACAGUAUCCAAGUCCGGUCAAAUAUCGUCUUCCAGUUGCGUACAUCGUCAUCCUGAGAAGAAAUUAAAAAACACAUUCGGAUGGGCAAGGAUUGAAGUGGUCUUAAUGCUCGGUGGUUGCGUGUUUUUGGCGUCCCUUAGUUUCUCCCUGGUGGUCGAAGCUAUUCAAACUCUCAUACACAUCGACCAUCAAGAUCCAAUGCAUCAACCGAUAUCAGUGUUCAUCAUCGGUGUUGUUGGUAUACUCCUCCACGGACUGUGUUAUUUAUUACUAGGAGGUCCGGUAGUACAAAACGCAAAAGUUCCUGAUGAAGAAUGCGCCAAUGCCCUUUUAAAUUCUGGGCAAUUACUGAAAAAAAAAAUACAAAURAAAAACUGCUGUCCAAGAGAAAUAUGUCGAGAUUUAGUUGGUUGUUCAAUGGUAAUGAUAUGUUCGAUCGUUGUAUUAUUCACAAAUCCUAGCAUAGCAAAGUUUGUUGAUCCUGGAAUUUCAAUCAUUUCGGCAGCAAUAUUGCUCUAUCUCAAAUAUCCAAAUAUGAAAGAAUCAUGCCUGAUUCUUCUUCAGACAAUGCCUGAUCAUAUGAAUAUUGAUGUAAUUUGCAAAAACCUGAUGAAAACAUUUCCAGACAUAGUAAACGUACACGAAUUGCAUAUAUGGCAACUGAACGAAGAUAAGAUAAUUUCCACUGCACAUAUUAUGUUUCUUAACCCUCAAGAUUAUUUGAGAAUAAAUAAAGCGGUUAUUAACUUUUUCCAUGAAAAUGGCAUUUUAGAAGUAACUAUUCAACCAGAGUUUUUCAAAGACGACCAGAAUAUACAAAUGGUGCCAGAGUAUGGUAUGGGACAGUGUUUGGUGCAGUGUAAUAACAUUGAAUGUUUCGAUAGAAAUUGUUGUGAACCAGAUGAUAUCGAAUCAAUUCAACAUUGUUAAACUUCAUAAGUAAAAAGAAGGGUUCACAUUCCGAUACCGCGAUACAUAAUGUACCUAUAUAAUAUUUAUUGUGUUCCUUUUGGAGUUGAAACAAUUGUCUUGCUCGCCAACAUUAAUCAUCAUUUGAUUAACCUUUACAAAUAUUCAAAAAGUAAAUAUACCAAAUUUGAUUAYCUUAUAGGUACCUAUACCAUGUGCAAAUGGGUUAUAUUGACCUUAUAAUUAUAUAUAUAUUUUUUUCAAAUGGAAAAUACGUUCCUAUGUGUACUCAUUAUUGUGUGACUGUGAAUGUAUUUAUACUGAAUCGUUAUUGAUUAUUGUUUAACAAGUACAAAAUGUAUUUGUUUUUAUUAUAAUUUUAUUUUUGUACUAUAAAAUGUUAUU